AUGGACCUCAAUACGAUCACUGGUAUUAUUGGAGGUAUUGGACGAAUGCUAGAAACCAGUGUUGACACUAUAAAUAUUCCGUCAGAGUUGAUAAUGGGGCGAUGGUUUCAGAUGUACAAAGCAGCCAUCAAUUUUGACGUGUUUCGUACGCAAAUGUUUUGUCCGGUUGCUUAUUUUUCACCGAAUCCUGUUAUGGGUGAGGAUGGCUUCUCAAUGCAAGAAGCAUAUAAAACGGUCUCGAAAACUGGGCCAAUUGAAACGUAUAAACGUGAUAUGAAUAAAGUUGGACCUGGACAGUUCUGGAUGUACACUGAAGAGUACUUCUAUCCCAGGCAGUUUUACAUCGUCGCUGCUGGUCCUUCAUUUGACAAUGAAACGGCUAAGGCUGACGAACCAAUUCAAUACAUCGUUGUCACUGACGCAAAUCGUCUAUCUCUUAUGGUUUAUGCUCGUGACCCUCAUGUUUUCUUCCAGAAAUACAAUAAGGAUGUUCUGGAAUUUAUGGAGCAAAAGGGAUUUGGUGGCCGAGUGUUCUGGAACAGUCCUCGCCCUAUUUAUCAAGGACCAGACUGCGAAUGGCCUUCAGAGAAAGAAGUAUUCGCUCGACGUGUGUUGAAGAACCAAGAGCUGGCCGAGCGCAGCAGGAACGGCACCAUCGAGCCAGCCAUGACCGGUAUGCCGUUGGCAGACAUGUUGCGCGAUCCAAAGAAAACUCUCGAGCGGCUUGUCGGUACCAGUCAAGGGCUUGGUGGGUUGUCCGAUCACCGACGCCCACAGUCGUUCGACACCACAACCAUCGCCGUCGCCGUCGCUGCGCUCUACUGCAUCUCGUCCCGCAUUAACCACAUAAUAUCGCUACCACGUCGUAUAUUCAUCCCUUCCUCGAAGUGUGUCUGUCCCACUGCAUCAGUCGUGGAUAUGCAGCGGCUGGGUGUGUUGGUUACCGCUGUUGUUACUGCUGUCCUCCGACCUGGUGCUACACAGCACGAUGCGUUCGCCCUUCCUCAUGCGCCACGCUUUGCCCCCAAACCCACAGUACCACCAGAGUAUUCAUCCUUCUUUGAGCUAGACGGGCAUGCACGCGAUCUCGUUGACUCACUUCUGGGACCGCGCCCAGGGGGUUUGUUCCCUGAAAAGACAUAUGAAAUCGGUACUCCUUUAGAGCCUACAAGCAAUAACAAGCCCAUACAUGUGCCAUCUACACUAGAACGAACUCUAGAACAAUUUUUUACUGCUCCUGAACCCACAAGCGGUCAGGCGCUGCCUCCUGGCUUUGGAUCUGGAUUCUCCCUACUGAAUAAUAACAAACCAGUACCAUCAAGCGGCUCCGGUGCCAACACUCGUAGAGCUCCAAAGAAAAACAGCAGUGAUGAAAUCAUGGAGGGAUCUGGGGAAGCGCCUAAAAGUUCAAUUGGUGGCAUACCCAAGGUGUUUCCAAAGCUUCCCAAGGCGCCAAUAUCUCAACCUCAUUCUUAUUCAAGCCGUGAAAGAAUCUUCAUUAACAGUGCUCCAGCGAUUCCUCAAUUUCAGUCUGCUCCUGAAGUGCCCGAAGGAGGCUUCCUACCUGCUGAUAUCCGACGUUCUCCACAAUCUGUCUCUAGCGUAGCGUCAUCUAUUGACGAUGACCCAGAUGGAAUAAAUGAGGAAGAAUUUGGAGGGCUUUCCGAGGACACAUCCACUUCGUCAGGAGGACUCAUUGGAACAAUUUUUGAACUGAUUGGUAUGGGACAACGAAAAGCAUUGGAGGCCAAGGCCAGCGGAAAUUCAAACGCAGGAGACAAAAACGCCUUGGGUAAGGCUGUGUCAAACCUAAUUGGUGGAGAAAACAGCCCGCUUCCUGGUAAAAACAUGAUUUCCAACGUUCUUUACAAGGCUCUUACCUCAGGCAGCGUGCAGACAAAUGACACAGUUCCACGUCUUCCUGAACUACAAAUCAACAAUGGAACCAUUGUUUUGACACCAGCUCAAUCAGCUGCGAUCACCGAGAAUUUGGAGAUGGUUCAGAACUUCAUUAUUCAGCCGUCAUCUCCACUUUGCACUCAGAAACCUGAACCAGUCGCCUUCGACUUCCAUUCCUUUAUGGGUCAGUGGUACCAGGUCGUAUACAGCCCUCCUCUUUCUUCUGGGCAAUGUAGUAUGGUGGCGUAUAAGAAGCUCAAUGACGUCAAUAAUGGAGGACCAGGCUCGAUUUUCGAGAUUUUCGAGUACACAACUGAUGGAACUCCUUAUGGAAAACCAAAAAUCAGCUCUGGUUACGCACUUAUCAAAUCACCUGGCGAGCUGAUUUACCGCACAACCUCCAACCAAGAAGAUGUGAAUGUGCAUGUUUUACGUUUGGGACCACUGAACACUAAUAAUGAGUACGAGUACGUGGUAAUGUCCACAAACUGCAACUUUCCAUUGUAUGUAUUCGCUCGUGAUCCAGAAACAUAUAAGCAGCGAUACGAGAGUGAAGUGAACAUGAUUCUGGAGAAGAAAGGACUCGUGAAUGGCAUUUCACGUCUGCUGAACAUCGUCGCACCAGUGGAGAAUUCAUUGUGCACCUUCCCACCAUCGUUGUUCAACAUCCAGGGAUAA